AAUCCGUUGUUUAUCCACGGCUUUCCCCACUCGUGGCAAGUGUUUUCACCUCUUUGGUCUUAGCUGCGCGUAGUGCCGGUCCAAACAUCGUCAAGAGAACCACCGUCGCGAGCACGUAUCCAUCUCCGACCGGUCGUGUCCCGAUGAAAACGACGAUGUCUCGCUUUAAGAGCAUCCUGCUGCUCCUGUUUCUCGCGAUCGUCGCAAUCGCGCACGCCAAGCCCACCAUCUACAAACGGAAUCAGGACAACGUGUUCGAGCCAGUGAUGGUGCCAGUUUCGUCCACGGUGAUACCUCUUCCCGUUUACAAGGUCGUGUACAAUCUCGGAGUUCUCUCGAAGGACAAGAAGACCCAAUCCUCGUUCAAACCGGAGGGUGCCGUGAAACUGAUCACGAAUAAAAAGGGCCAGGAGAAGAAAACGUAAGAUCGUCGAGGACGAAACGCGCGCGAAUCAAAAGGACGAAUAGCUCUUCCAUCAGCGAGCCGAGGAUCCGUCGUCGACGAGCUGUGAAUUAAUGAACGUUUCGCCGUGUGAUGCACGAGAGUGAGAGUGAGAGAGAGAGAGAGAAUGUAGGGAGAGCAUUUCGUAAGUCGUAAGUUGAAUUUUUGAUAUGAAAGUCGCGUUUGUUACCGGCAACUUUUUACACCAAAAACUGAUUUACAUAUUAUAUCUCUCUGUUAUCCGAUCAA